AUGAGAUUGAAAGUUGGAUCAAACGUAGCCGACAAAAAAGAGAUUAAAGCAUUUGGAAAAUGGAUUUUGGAUAUUGGUGAGGGCAAAUUGGGUGGACGUAAUGACGGAGAAACAAUGAUUGAAAUUCCACAAGACAUUCUACUCGGUGACGAAGGUGAUGCUAUUGCUUCUAUAUCCUCAUGUAUUUAUCCUGAUCUUGAUGAACACCUAGACGAUCCAGGUUACUUCCAAGAUCGAGCAGUUUUAGUUCCAACAAAUGAGGAGGCUGAUUCCAUAAACAAUCACUUAUUGUCACUAAUUGAUGGGGAAGAAAAGGUAUAUUACAGUUCUGAUAGCAUAUGUCCAACCGAUGAAUGCGAUGCUUUUGAAAGGUCAUUGUACACUUCGGAUAUUCUUAAUGCAGUCAAGUUAUCUGGUGUUCCAAACCACAUUUUAACUCUUAAGGUUGGAGUCCCAGUCAUGUUACUCCGAAACAUAGACCAAGCAAAUGGUUUGUGCAAUGGCACAAGAUUGCAGAUUAGGAAGCUGGGUGAGCAUGUUAUGGAAGCCAAAGUGAUAACAGGAAGUCGUAGCGGUGAUAUUGUCCACAUCCCUAGAAUGAAAUUGAUUCCUUCGGAUCGUAAAAUCCCUUUCAGACUGCAGAGAAGAAAGUUUCCUAUUGUUGUUUGCUUUCGCAAUGACUAUAAACAAGAGCCAGGGUCAAUCCCUUUCCCAAGUGGGUUUAUUUUUAAAGAAAUCGGUUUUUAG